CCUUUUUUAGAUCUACCUUACCAGUUCUGCCACUACUCCUUGUUCUGUCUCCAGUGAAUGCAUCUACUUGUGCAAUGGGAAAUAAAACAACAGAAAUCCGUGUGAAGUAUGAGAAUAUACUAAGUCACGACAUCAAUGAGCUGGUAAAUAUGUCUGCAGAGAAUUAUGACUCGUGCUGCAGGAAGAGAAAAUAUGAAAAUAUCAAAGUGUUUUUCUGCAAUGAUACUGAGGAAAUAGAAUCACUACAGAGCAUGGCGUGCAACAUGCUCAGGUUCUUUUAUAAGCAGAGGAUCAACAAAGCCUUUAGACAGAAAGCAGCAUUUGUCUCAUGUGGGACAUUACAAGUUCUACAGUGUAAAUGUGAAAGACGUAAAAAAGAAAAGGUCUGCUCAGAUGUAUUUAGUUUAGAAGAUACAGAGACAGGUGAACAGUCCAAAAAGAAAUGUAACCAAGAAGUUUGUGAACUGAAAGAAAAUAUAUCUAGCCUUCGAUCCUGCUGGAAUAAAUUUGAAAAAAUAAUUUCCAGGUGAUUCCAGGUGAAUCCUGCUCUUUUCUUUCAAAGUGGCAUUACUUGGUACCUUUGCAUUUUAUAUGCAUUCUUCAAGUAAACUUGCUCGCUUAUAUGAACACUUUAUGCCAGAAUUCUGAUGAGAGGCUACUGUACCUUGUUCCUGGAGAUGACAGAAGCAGAAAUGGCUGAACCAAGCUGCUGAAGUCUGAGAAGUGGAAAUAGAAGACCAGCAUUUGAAAAAAAGAACUCUGCAGAAGUCUGUGUCCACCUUUUGCGCUCUGGAAACUACCCUGAAUUUUCCGAUUCUUCGAGUAACUUUAGAGUACUGUCAUAUCAAAGCAGCCACUUACAUGUCUACUGGAUUUUACAAAAAAACCAUGGAAUCUGCAGGUGAAGAAAAAAAGAGUAUGAAAAAGUAGCUGGUUUCUUUAUAUCUAUGCAAAACACACCAAGGACCAAAAGUAACAAUUUACCAAAGCAGCAGAUUAUCUUGGAUAUGUUCUCCUGACACAGAAGUGGUUUUGGUAUGGGUCCGAUGAGUCUGCUAACUGAUUUGGGUUUGGAAAAACAGGGAAAAAGUUAGCUUUUUGAAAAACUGAAGAAGGGUACUGAUUUUUGAGAGAUGCAGCAUGCCUCUGCUGGCUGAAGCACAGGCAAGACUGAAUCCUGUGGAAGAAGAAAAAGAUGCCUGAAUGUAAGUUGUUCAGUUGACUGGAAACAGCACUACACUCAUUCAUUUUAUCAACCCAGUGUUAGCUGCAGGAGGAGCUAGAAUUCCUUAGCUUCAGAUUGUGAUUUCUUAUAUGCAAAUAUUUUAUGUAACAUGUUUUAAGAUGUUAGGCAAACAUGACUUAAAAUAUGUGAAUAUUGUCAGAGAAUAAUAUAUUGGCAUUUAACUGAUAAAGUGCUCAUAUUUUAUUUUGAAUAAAUAGAAGUAUUUUUAUAGUUAUUACACUUUUGCAGUUUCUUACUUUGAUAUAACUCCUUUGGUAAUAAAAUAUUUGUCUUCUGUGAAAUUGGGCUGUUCACUUUUUGGCUACCAUUACUCGUUUUUUAGGUUUUAUUCAGAGAUAGUCAGUCAUUUGAAGCUCAGCUUCAAAUUCUCAACCUGAAAUACCCAUUUCUUAGCUGCUUGUAACCUGCCCAAUUUAGGUAAACAUUUUCAUACCUGCCUUGGACUGAAUACUUCAGGAAAGCUUUAGUUUAGUCAGCCUGUUGUUUCCUGGUUUGAAGUAAACUAACAUAAAUUGUUUUAUCCAUGCUAAAAGAAUUUUUCUGUAAAAGUACUCUGUAAAAAUGUUGGUAUUCAGAACAAACACCCUAAAAACCAGUAGGAUGUGCUUCAAAGACAUGUUUGCUCAGUUGAUUGUAAACAGCACUAGUUUAUGUAUUUUACUGGAAUAAGAUUGCUGUACUGAAUCUGAGAGGGAAGAGGUUAAGAGCAAAGCAUGCCAUGCUUUCCUGAAAUACACCCUCUCCAAUCCCCCAUGUAUUUAUGGUGACAAUGAGGCAGGAGUGGUAGCUUUGUAAACUGUGACUGAGAAUUUCACAUAUCCUCUAGCUCUUUGUACAAGAGAUAGCAACUUGCUCCAAACACCUUAAAAAACUGAAACCAACCCCAACCCAUAAAUCUUUAUGGAACAGGGAAACAUUUCCCAGUAUCAACUGCAGAUAAAGAGAAUGUAACCACAAUUGUAAGGACUUCACUGGAAAUCCUUUCUUCUGAAAGAGGACCCAGGAGACUGCGGAUUCAGUUGGUCUCCAAGACUGAAGUACAGUUGUUUUGGUAUUUUUUUGGAAAUUCAACAACAGUUGAAAGCCAGCACUUAUUUCCUAAUAACCAUUUGGCAAGCAAAGAGCAGUGUGAGUUAAAACAAAAAUACACAGAUGCAGUAUUAGCUACUACAAAACUGAAAGGUCAGUCAGUUUAAGUUACUUAAGCAGCAGUCCACAACUUAAGUCUUGAGAGAAAUAAAGCAAUUCCAGGAUCACCCUGGGCCAAAGACCAAGGAUAGAUCCAGAGCAGAAAUUUAAAUGAAGUAAUUAUGAAAUUGUGGAUUUCUUCUGAUUACUUCUCUUAAUAAAUAUCCUGCCUGUCUGAUUUUUGUUGCCAAAUUUCCUGUUGUCACCACUUACAUGUAAACAUUAACUGCUAAAUGCAUUGACUUGUGCUCUUUGAUUUGUUCCUUCAGUUUGAGAACUUCCUCAGGUUUCCUGAACUUGCAAAUGUGGCACUAAAGUGCUUUUCAGCAACUGGCAAAGGAAUGAAAACGGUGCAUGGUAUCAUCACCAUCAUGCCUACCUCCCUGCCACCUUCACUUAUGCAUUUAGUUACUUAUUUGGCCACAGAAAAGAAAUGAGUAGGUCAAAACCAUGAUUUAGAAGUACAUGGAAUUUAUGGGAAAGCGUCAAGGAUAAAAAUAGAGGUAUUUAAAUGGAAAGGAUUUUCACAAUGUUGUUGCAAGAGUUUCAGGUUUGAGACCAUCUAAAGAACCUACACAAGUCCAUGGGACCUGAUGUAAUACACCUGUGGGUUCUGAGGGAACUGGCAGAGGAAGUGUCCAAGUCACUAUCCAUGAUAUUCGAGAAGUCAUGGCAGUCCAGUCCCUUUGGAUGGCAUCCUGUCCUUCAGCUUGCUCAGGGUGCACUCAAUCUCACUGUGUUAUUGAUGAAGAUACUAAAAGAGCACCAAAACAAGAGUUUUAAAACAAGAGUCCUGAGGGACAGCACUAGAUACAGCCUCCACCUGGACAUAGACAUAUUGACCACAACUUUCCAGCUGAAUCCAUUCAGUCAGUUCCUUUUCCACUGAACAGUCCACCCUUCAAAUCUAUAUCUCUCCAAGUACAUUAAAGAGCUCAGUAGAAGGAAGUUUCCCCUAAAAAAAGAAUGAUAAGAGGCAUUAAUCUCUAUUCAUCCAUAUUUAGCCAAAAAAAAAGCAAUCCAUACCCUUAUUGAAAUUUUUGCUCACAUAAAUGAACUUCUGAAGAAAAAUAUAAACAACUUUCCUUUUUUUCUUAAUAAUUUCAUCAAUACAACAGUGCUCUAAUGUCAUGAAGGAGAACAAACCCAGAUCAAGCUAACUAUCCCUUCCAGUUUUAUUAUUAAGAAGAAGAAAAAAAAGAAAUACUAAAGAUGUCACGGUGAUGGGCUCUACAUAAAGUAAAUUCUCAGUAUAGCUGGGGAAAUAGAGGAGAUAGAGGGUUAACUUGAUAUAAGCAGUUCACACUGAUUUAAUAUCUGGUAUGUUUUUCAAGGUGACUUAGGAAUUCAAAUCUCAUCUCACUCAAUUAAAACCCCUAUUCUUUUUGUACCUGAGAUCAGACAUCACAAUACGACUGAAAUUAUAUUACCUACCUGUAUGCUCUGUUAUAGAAGAUAAUUUUACCUUUGACUACAAAAAAUUGCACAUCACAAGAAGCUUUCUUGGCAUAUUUGCUUUAUUGUUAACAAGUGCCAAAUUAGCAUUAGGUGGUGAUUUACAUUUAUUAAUUAAAACACAACUGACACUUUAAAAUAAACAUAAUAUAAAAAAGUAAGAGGCAAACAAAUCAAGGAAUUCUGGCAAAAAAACACCUCACUGGAUGGUCGCAAACAAAUAUUCCAUGUACUGAGGGGCAAGGCAAACAUAAUAAAUGCAAUGGUGAAAAAAUUAAUCACGUCCAACACAUGAAUAAACACACAAUUUAAAAACACAGAACAUUAAUAAAUAAACUUAUGAAGAGAAACAUUUAUGUGUCAUAUGAAGGAUGAACACCAAGAGUCAAAGCAAUCAAAUAAAGUAGGUUUUGUAACAGUUGUACUGUACUCAGCACUUUACAGAUCCCACCCAAAUCCAUUCAUGGUUCUGCCAGAAAGCCAAACUGAAAUACAGAACUAUGGUAAACCAUGCACUUCUGUUUAGAACGUGGGUUCAGUAUUCAGCCAUAUUAAACUGAGCAUUUGAUUUGCUGACUAAAAUGUUUAAAUUAGGAAAAUAUAAUUUCCCUAUUGAUUAUUUUUGUUAAGAAUGAACACUUAUUAAGAGAAAAUAUGAGGAAGCUGCUUUCUGGCAAGAUGAAGUAGAAUGGGACUGAAUAGGAUCCUCCAGAAAUAUAUAUUAUUCUGGACUGAUGUAACACCAAAAAACCAAACCCAAAACAAAACAAAAAAUGAACUAGUAUGCAAGAGUAAUCUCUUAGACUGUGAAUACUGGAACGAAAAUAUCAACCAAGUAACUACUGAAUUCAGCUAAUGAAGUCUUUUACCUAACACUUCUUCCAACAACACAAUAAGGUCACUCAAACCUUACUUAGCAAGAUGGAAAAAAAACAACCAAACCAACCAGCAACAAAACAAUCACAAGUUAGAAUAAGCUGUACUUGAAAGCCAAUUAAACUAUUUUCACCAGUCACUGAAACAAAUUUUACCAAAGAUGAAAAUUCCACCUUCUCAUACAACCCAUUUAACUAUUCAUAGCUUAGUCAAACUGGAUAGAAAUAAAAUUGAAAAAAGUGCUCUUACUAAACACAAUUUCUUCAGCCAAGAUUAAAAACACUCAUAACAGGUUUGUUCUUUGCAGAUAUACAAAGUCUAUGUGAUGGAAACUAGCACUUCUUGUGACCUUUGUAAUA